ACACACUCACACACUCAGGCUGGAGAGUCGGGCGCACACGCUCCUGCCAGGAAGUUGUUGUUAUUCGGGAAUUAACAAAGAAACGAAAAAAGGUAUAAUUAACGCAACGAAACUACACGAGAGGGAUCCGUGUAACGUGUACGGGAUCCGGGUAUGAGCUGGAGGAGUAUUAACUAACUAAUGGAGGACUAAUCGAUGGAGGCAGACAGAAGUUUUGGGCUCGUCUGGGUCCUGCUGCUGCUGUUGGGUAUUACAGCCGCUUCAGGGAGAGAAGUAUGUCUUGGGACUGAUAUGAAGUUGGCUUUACCCUCCAGUCUUGAGAAUCAUUAUGAAAUGCUCAGGCUGCUGUACACGGGCUGCCAGGUGGUUCAUGGGAACCUGGAGAUCACACACCUGCAGGGAAAUCCAGAUCUCUCCUUCCUGCAGGGGAUUGUGGAGGUUCAGGGGUAUGUGCUGAUAGCUCACGUCUCAGUGCGUUCGGUUCCUCUGGACAAUCUGCGUAUCAUACGAGGCAGUCAGCUUUAUAACUCCAGCUAUGCUCUCGCUGUACAUAACAACAUGCACCACAGUCAGACGGGACUCGGCUUGAGAGAAAUACGCCUCAGGAGUCUUACAGAAAUCUUGCUUGGCGGGGUUUAUAUUUGGGGAAAUCCUCAACUUUGCUUUCCUCAGAAUAUUAACUGGGAAGACACGGUUACUAAAGUUGAAAGCAAACCGCUGCACCUGCAAGACAUCCCGAAGAACUGUCCCAAAUGUUCUCCAGAUUGUCCUUCAAACAGUGGAUGCUGGGGAGAAACAAAUCAGGACUGCCAAACAUUGACCUCUGUGCAUUGCUCAUCUGGCUGUUUGCGCUGUAAGGGCACAAAACCCAAUGACUGCUGUCAUGUACAGUGUGCUGCUGGGUGCACGGGGCCAAAAGACACGGACUGUCUGGCCUGUCGUCACUUCAAUGACAGUGGGACAUGUAAAGACAACUGCCCCCCACCCACCAUCUAUGACCCGAACACUUUCCAGUCCAAACCCAACAAGGACAAAAAGUUCAGCUUUGGAGCCACAUGUGUUAAACAGUGUCCCCAUAACUAUUUGGCAAUGGAAGUGGCAUGUACAAUGGUCUGUCCCAAAGCUAACAAGGAAGUUAUCACUGUUGAGCCAGACGGCCAAGAAACACAGAAAUGUGAAAAGUGUGAAGGAGAGUGUCCAAAAGUGUGUUAUGGACUAGGAAUGGGAAACCUUCAAGGGGUGUCAGUGGUGGAUGCCACCAACAUUGGCAUGUUCGUUGGCUGUGAGAAAAUCUACGGCAGUUUGGCUUUUCUUUCAGACUCCUUCAAAGUAAAUGCAGCUACCAAUUCAUCUGGACUGCAGCGGAGUGACCUGGAGAAGUUAAAGACAAUAGAAGAAAUCACAGGAUACCUGUACAUAGAUGCAUGGCCAGACAAUUUGCUUGAUUUGAGUGUUUUUGAGAACUUGAAGGUCAUCAGAGGAAGAAUGCUUUACAAGGGUGUUUUCUCUUUGGGAGUUCAGUCUUUGCAGAUCGAGUCUCUCGGGUUGCGUUCCUUGCGCAGUGUCAGUGGAGGCAUAGUACUGAUUCAUAAUAACUCCAGACUGUGCUACACCUCCUCUCUGCCCUGGAGCUCGCUGCUCCACCCCACACAGGGACCCAACCUCAUCAGCAACAACAACCAAGACCAGCAAACAUGUGUUUCAGAGGGGAGAGUUUGUGACCCCCUGUGUGCGGAUGCAGGCUGCUGGGGGCCAGGACCUAGUCAGUGUGUGUCGUGUUUGAAUUACAAACGUGGGACGGAGUGUGUGGAGCAGUGUAAUGUAGUACAGGGGUCAGUGCGGGAGUUUGUGGAUGGACUGAACUGUGUCCCUUGCCAUCCAGAGUGUAAACCAGUCAAUGACUCUGCCUCAUGUACAGGCCCAGGUCCAGAACACUGUAAGGAGUGUCUGCAGUAUCAAGACGGAGAUGUGUGUGUCGAUCGCUGCCCCAGUGGGGUAAAGGAGGACCAGCACACUGUGUGGAAGUACCCCAACGAAACACACCACUGUCUGCCCUGCGAAACCAACUGCACUGUCUCGUGUCCACUGGAUGAUAGGGGGUGCCCCAUCCAAAAGAAAACUGGGGCUGGGACAACAGUCGCAGUCACAGUUGGCGGAGUGCUUCUUUUCUUCAUUUUGCUGGCACUGCUGGUGUUUUACCUGCGACGCCAGAAACACCACAAAAUGAAAGAAAACAUAAGGAGAAUGCAACAGGAGCAUGAGCUGGUGGAGCCCCUGACCCCGAGUGGAGCGGUGCCGAACCAAGCUCAGAUGCGUAUUCUCAAGGAGACAGAGCUGAAGAAAGUCCGAGUGCUGGGUUCUGGAGCCUUCGGCACGGUCUAUAAGGGUAUCUGGGCUCCAGAUGGGGAGAACAUCAAGAUCCCAGUGGCCAUCAAAGUUUUGCGUGAGAACACCUCGCCCAAAGCCAACAAAGAAAUCCUGGAUGAGGCAUAUGUGAUGGCGGGUGUAUCAAGCCCAUAUGUUUGCCGUUUGCUGGGUAUCUGUCUGACAUCCACAGUUCAGCUGGUUACUCAGCUCAUGCCGUAUGGGUGCUUGUUGGACUACGUCAGGGAGAACCAGGAUCGUAUCGGCUCUCAGUACCUUCUCAACUGGUGUGUACAGAUUGCUAAGGGAAUGAGUUACCUUGAAGAUGUCAGGCUGGUUCACAGAGACCUUGCAGCUAGGAAUGUUCUGGUCAAAAACCCAAACCAUGUAAAGAUCACAGACUUUGGGCUUGCCAGGCUGCUGGACAUAGAUGAGAAGGAGUACCAUGCUGAUGGGGGAAAGGUGCCAAUCAAAUGGAUGGCACUCGAAUCCAUAUUACACCGGAAGUUUACUCACCAAAGUGACGUAUGGAGCUACGGGGUGACUGUGUGGGAGUUGAUGACCUUUGGCAUGAAGCCAUAUGACCAGAUACCAGCGCGGGAAAUUCCAGAUCUACUGGAGAGAGGAGAUAGACUCCCGCAGCCGUUGAACUGUACCUCGGAUGUAUACAUGAUCAUGGUCAAAUGUUGGAUGAUUGAUCCUGAAAGUCGACCACGAUUUAAGAAGCUGGUGGAGGAGUUCAGCAUCAUGGCACGUGAUCCCCCACAUUAUGUAGUCAUUGUGAAUGAUGAUCAGAAAAGUCUUUCGAGUCCUGUUGACAGUGAGUUCUUCCGCACGCUGCUGGCAGAAGAGGGAGUGAAUGUGAAGGAGUUCCUGGAUGCAGAAGAAUACCUGGUGCCCCAGCCUGGUGGCAUCUUCAAUACACAAGGAGAAAUGAGAGCCAAUGGACCCAGCAGACACCACUCUCACCGGAGUACAGAUCAAGGAUUAGAGGUGGAUGGUAUGCCGAGCGGGAUGGAUUUGUACUCUUCCCUCAGCACCCCGAGGGAAAGUCCAUACCAAACUCUUCCUGUGAGGGAAUCAGUCAAUGGCAUGUGGCCUGGUACACAAUACCCACCUUUGGUACGGAGCAUAUCACACCAUUCAGCCGGCGGCCAAUCAGACUCUGUGUUUGUGGAUGGUUACAUAGAGGAUAACGGCCCUCCAUCCAGUCCUUGUCGCUAUUCUAAAGACCCCACCAUCCCCAACGGCAUAGAUGGAGAACUGGUGACUGAUGGUCCUAUCAGUUUCCUUUCACACACACUGCCACGUGGAGCACACACACAUCCUGAGUAUGUGAACCAGCACGUGUCAUCUGACCGUCCCAGCACACUUCCACGCAAAGCGAGAGAGAGGAGAUUCGUUAACGGUCUUCAUACAGGGAACAGUGUGGAGAACCCAGAGUACCUGGUGCCAGUGCACAGCAUCUCACCCGCCUUCGACAACCCCUACUAUCAUGAUAUUGCAGCUAAAGCUCAGGCAGUCGCCAGAGCGUCCAUAAACGGAGGUACGACUCACAGGCAGCCCAAUGGCUACAUGACCCCCACGGCAGAAAACCCAGAGUACCUGGGCUUAGCAGAGACAUGGAGUGGUCAGUUGGAGUAUACUUGAGAGCAGUGUGAGCGUGAGCGGUGAAGUGUGGUGCAUGAGCGAGCGAGUGAGUGAGUAAAAGACAUAUUUUGUGAAGGACAUUCUCAAUGGGAAUGGUUUCUAAUGGCUUUCUACUAAAGUACCACACAGACGUAUGUAGCAUUCUGUACUGGAGUUGGAACUUGAAGAUGGAUGCAUUUCCAGUCCUUGACAAAAAAAAAAUCUGCGUUCUUGCAUAUAUCAAAUAUAUGGUACGUUUUUAAGACUGCUUGAAUGUUAUUAACACUGGAUAAUGUCUUCGUAGAACAUUAAGGAUUUUUAUUCAAAUUUUUGCUUUUGGUCAUCUCAUAAAAACGUUACUUACCUUUUCUGGAGAUUCAAUUCAAUUCCAAACCAGGACCGUACACACUGCUUUCCAGAGCGCUGCAUGAGAUCCGGUCACACUCAAAGCUGCUCUGUUCUGUGUGUAACGGCCCUGGGUGAGCAGCUACAGGGCCAGUGAAUAAAAGACUGACAUUAUUGCCGCACGAAGCGGGUGUUGUGUGUCCGGCGAUGAAACUGGCUCUGAAAAUUCAUCAUCAUUUCUCAUCUGUGACAUAUCCAGGUUUUUACAUUUGUUUGGGUAUUUUUAGUUUUUGAAAUCCUUGUUUGAGCAAUGACUAUCUUCAUUAUGGGCUGGGUAACAGUUGUACAGAUGUAUGUAGAGCAGAGGGUGUCCAGGUCAUAUUGCACCCUGAUUUUAAAUAUUGUGCAUAAUACUAAUGCUUGUGUUGAGAUGUUUGCUUAAGAUUAUUUUUAUUAUAAUUAACCACACUCCCUCCCGAGUUUGGAUAAAUACGGCAUUUAGCAAAGUUGCAUUUUAUUAAUCAAAACAAGUGACUGUAAUGGCAGUUUAGUCGAUUCCUAAUAAAGCUUUUCUAUUCAUCAAAUAAUUUAGUUUACGACAUGGAUAAUUAUUAAAAAAAGUUUUCAUUGAGAAGCAAAUCAGCAUGGUGAGCUUGAGAGUUUCAGAAACUUUUAAAAUCUUGAUUAUUCAAAAUUUUUGUAAAGUUGUGUGUGUAUAAUAUAUAAUAUAUAUAUAUAAUAUAUUAAAUUUAAAUUAUAAUAAAUUAUAAUUAAGAAACAUGUCACGAUGCAAAACAUCUUAGUGCUAUUGGUAGAAUAAAUUUUCUUCAGACCAAAUUGUUUUAUUUUUAGUCUUUUUGGAUUUUGGGUUGAAAUAUGACCUGACCUCUUUAGGGUUAAUAUGUUUAAAUAUCUCCCUGUAUUUUUCUUAUUGUACAUUUUAGUUACCUAACAGACUUUCUUUGCAGUGAUGAAUACAGUGUGGUAUUAAUUGAUGUGAAUGGGCCAUUACUACCAGACCAACUAGUUUAUUUGUAAUAAGAGGUUGAAAUCAAUGUUUAACCCCAGAUGCGAUCGUUCAUGUUUGUAAUGUCUAUUGUUGUUAUUUUAUAAGAACUUCUUUUAGGCACUACCCCUUCUACUCAUUUAAAUUAGCCUCACAUGUACACAGAAAGACCGCUAACACUAAACACAGUGUUGUGGAGUAAAUACUUCAUGUUUAAGAAUGUGGUCUGAUUUCCAUAUAUUAGCAGCUGUGGCCUCCAGCUGGACGAACACCCCUUCAAUGCUUCCAUUGUUCCAAAUUACAACGUGCGCCUUUUGUUAACUACCCAACUCCAGCGUCCAGUUAAUAUGUCACUUCUUUGAGGAAAGACAUGAAUGUUUUGUCCAGGCCAUGUUGAUAUGCAUUCUUUAGUUUCAGUUCAUAUUUUAUGCAGUUAUUUUUACUAAACCACAUUUUAAAUUCCAGAUGUUUGAAAAUCUGUCAAGGUUUAGCUGUUACUUGUUGAUUUUUCUUUGACAGUAUGUGAAGCAGUAGUCACAGAUGAUGAACUGUCGCUGGAGUGAGAGAGUGAUAUUACGUGUGCUCGUGGCACUCCAGUGUGUUUCGACAUCAGCUCAAACAAUGACGUGAUUGUUAUUCAUAAGGGAUGGGGAAAAAACUAUUUGUUGAAUUUCUUCCUUGUAUCUGCAUAGAUUUUUUUUUUUUUUUUUUUUUUUUUUUGGUACAGGUUAUUGGUUCGGUUUGGAAAAAAAAUCAUACAGUAGCGGUUGACAAUGGAAUUAAGCACCAACAAUUGCUUCUAAGUUUUAGUUUCAACUCCAUUUGUAAUGCCAUAAAUCAGCAUUGAUGCCAACUUUCAGCAAUUUCAUAAUUUCAGGAUCCAAGGUCUAUGCAAGCACAUUGAAGGAACUUUAUAAUCUAUUAAUGCCAUGAUUUUAACAAAAUAUACAGAUUGAAUGUUUAAUAUUGAAUGUUGUACUUUUUAUAUUCAUGUCAUCCAGAUCUCAGCUAAUAGUUGAAUGGUAAUUGUAGACUUUUUUAUGUAAUAAUGCUAUUUUUCUUGUGAGUCAACAAAUUGUAAAUAUACUGUACACAGUGAUCUCGAUGCACGGUGAGUUUGAGAACUCUAAUGGUACCAGUGUGCAAAAGUCUUUUGAGAGAUAUUUUAAACAGUACUUCUUAGUAACCAGACUUUGCCAACUGGCUUAUUUUAUCGGUUUCUGAUAAGAGGUACAUUUUGAUGCCUAAAAUUGGGGUGAACAAUCUCCUCACCUGCUUAUGUUAUUCUACAAAACAAAAGUCUGUUAUGAGAUAAUAAAAAGAAAUGAAAUCGGAGACAAA